AUGAAUACUUUAGUACUCUUAAUUUUAUCUCUAACGAUUGCAGCGGUCAACGCAAAUCCAAGACCUUGCGGCGGACCUCCACCCCCACCCCCACCUCCACCACCGCCUCCACCUCCGCCACCACCCCCACCACCAAGUUCCGGUGGAUCAAGCUCAUCAGCUUUAGCUUUUGGUACUGCGUUGGGAUCAUCUGUUGCUAUCGGUGGUGGUAGUGGUUCAAGCUCCCUUGCAGCAGCUUUAGCAGGGGCUGCUGCUGGAAGUUCAAGUAACUCAAACGGUUCAGGUAGUUCCAGUUCAUCAAGCGGCGCAUUAGGUGCUGCUUUAGGUGCAGCUGUUUCUGGUGGAAAUGUCGGCAGUGGUUCAAAUUCGCUAGCUGCAGCUUUGGCUGGAGCCACUUCCCAAAGUUCUAGUAAUUCACAUGGAUCAGGUGGCUCAAGCUCAUCAAGCAACGCUCUGGGUGCCGCUUUAGGAGCAGCUGGCUCUAGCGUAAGUAGCGGUUCAAGUUCCCUUGCAGCAGCAUUAGCUGCAGCUGCUUCCCAAAGUUCAAGUCAAUCUCAUGGAUCAGGUGGUUCGAGUUCUUCAAGUGGCGCCUUGGGAGCCGCUUUAGGAGUAGCCGGAUCCAACGGAAAUGGCGGCAGCAGUUCAAGUGCCCUUGCUGCAGCGUUAGCUGCAGCUGCAGCGAAAAGUUCAAGUAACUCUCACGGAUCAGGUGGUUCCAGCUCAUCAAGCAGUGCAUUGGGUGCUGGAAUAGGGGCGGCUGUUUCUAGCGGAAAUGGUGGCAGCAGUUCAAGCGCUAUUGCAGCAGCUUUAGCCGCAGCCGCAGCCCAAAGUUCAAGCAACUCAGGAUCAGGUGGUUCUAGCUCAUCAAGCAGCGCACUUGGUGCCGCUUCAGGAUUAGCCGUUUCCAGCGGAAAUGGUGGUAGCAGCUCAAGCUCACAAGCAGCAGCUUUAGCUGCCGCGGCUGCACAAAGUUUAAGUAACUCAGGAUCAGGUGGUUCUAGCUCAUCAAGCAGCGCACUUGGUGCCGCUUCAGGAUCAGCCGUUUCCAGCGGAAAUGGUGGUAGCAGCUCAAGCUCACAAGCAGCAGCUUUAACUGCCGCGGCUGCACAAAGUUCAAGUAACUCAGGAUCAGGUGGUUCUAGCUCAUCAAGCAGCGCACUUGGUGCCGCUUCAGGAUCAGCAGUUUCCAGCGGAAAUGGUGGUAGCAGUUCAAGUUCACAAGCAGCAGCUUUAGCUGCCGCCGCUGCUCAAAGUUCAAGUAACUCAGGAUCAGGUGGUAGCAGUUCAAGUUCACAGGCAGCAGCAUUAGCCGCCGCCGCUGCACAAAGUUCAAGUAACUCAGGAUCAGGGGGUAGCAGUUCAAGUUCACAAGCAGCAGCAUUAGCCGCGGCCGCUGCACAAAGUUCGAGUAACUCAGGAUCAGGUGGUAGCACUUCAAGUUCACAAGCAGCAGCGUUAGCCGCCGCCGCUGCACAAAGUUCGAGUAACUCAGGAUCGGGUGGUAGCAGUUCAAGUUCACAAGCAGCAGCUUUAGCUGCCGCCGCUGCACAAAGUUCAAGUAACUCUGGAUCAGGUGGUAGCAGUUCAAGUUCACAAGCAGCAGCAUUAGCCGCCGCCGCUGCACAAAGUUCAAGUAACUCAGGAUCAGGGGGUAGCAGUUCAAGUUCACAAGCAGCAGCAUUAGCUGCUGCCGCUGCUCAAAGUUCGAGUAACUCAGGAUCAGGUGGUAGUAGUUCAAGUUCACAAGCAGCAGCAUUAGCCGCCGCCGCUGCACAAAGUUCGAGUAACUCAGGAUCAGGUGGUAGCACUUCAAGUUCACAAGCAGCAGCUUUAGCUGCCGCCGCUGCUCAAAGUUCAAGUAACUCAGGAUCAGGUGGUAGCAGUUCAAGUUCACAAGCAGCAGCAUUAGCCGCCGCCGCUGCACAAAGUUCGAGUAACUCAGGUUCAGGUGGUAGCACUUCAAGUUCACAAGCAGCAGCGUUAGCAGCUGCCGCUGCUCAAAGUUCAAGUAACUCAGGGUCAGGUGGUAGCACUUCAAGUUCACAAGCAGCAGCGUUAGCCGCAGCAGCUGCUCAAAAUUCGAGUAACUCAGGAUCAGGUGGUAGCACUUCAAGUUCACAAGCAGCAGCGUUAGCCGCCGCCGCUGCACAAAGUUCGAGUAACUCAGGAUCGGGUGGUAGCAGUUCAAGUUCACAAGCAGCAGCAUUAGCCGCCGCCGCUGCACAAAGUUCAAGUAACUCAGGAUCAGGGGGUAGCAGUUCAAGUUCACAAGCAGCAGCUUUAGCUGCCGCCGCUGCUCAAAGUUCAAGUAACUCAGGAUCAGGUGGUAGCAGUUCAAGUUCACAAGCAGCAGCAUUAGCCGCCGCCGCUGCACAAAGUUCGAGUAACUCAGGUUCAGAUGGUAGCACUUCAAGUUCAAAAGCAGCAGCUUUAGCUGCCGCCGCUGCUCAAAGUUCAAGUAACUCUGGAUCAGGUGGUAGCAGUUCAAGUUCACAAGCAGCAGCAUUAGCCGCCGCCGCUGCACAAAGUUCAAGUAACUCAGGAUCAGGGGGUAGCAGUUCAAGCUCACAAGCAGCAGCGUUAGCUGCCGCCGCUGCACAAAGUUCGAGUAACUCAGGAUCGGGUGGUAGCAGUUCAAGUUCACAAGCAGCAGCAUUAGCUGCUGCCGCUGCUCAAAGUUCAAGUAACUCAGGAUCAGGUGGUAGUAGUUCAAGUUCACAAGCAGCAGCAUUAGCCGCCGCCGCCGCACAAAGUUCGAGUAACUCAGGAUCAGGUGGUAGCACUUCAAGUUCACAAGCAGCAGCUUUAGCUGCCGCCGCUGCUCAAAGUUCAAGUAACUCAGGAUCAGGUGGUAGCAGUUCAAGUGCACAAGCAGCAGCAUUAGCCGCCGCAGCUGCACAAAGUUCAAGUAACUCAGGAUCAGGGGGUAGCAGUUCAAGCUCACAAGCAGCAGCGUUAGCUGCCGCCGCUGCUCAAAGUUCGAGUGAUUCAGGAUCAGGUGGUAGCACUUCAAGUUCACAAGCAGCAGCGUUAGCUGCCGCCGCUGCUCAAAGUUCGAGUGAUUCAGGAUCAGGUGGUAGCACUUCAAGUUCACAAGCAGCAGCGUUAGCUGCCGCCGCUGCACAAAGUUCAAGUAACUCAGGAUCAGGGGGUAGCACUUCAAGUUCACAAGCAGCAGCGUUAGCCGCCGCCGCUGCACAAAGUUCGAGUAACUCAGGAUCAGGUGGUAGCAGUUCAAGCUCACAAGCAGCAGCUUUAGCUGCCGCCGCUGCACAAAGUUCAAGUAACUCAGGAUCAGGUGGUUCCAGCUCAUCAAGCAGCGCACUCGGUGCCGCUUCAGGAUCAGCCGUUUCCAGCGGAAAUGGUGGCAGCAGUUCAAGCUCACAAGCAGCAGCGAUAGCUGCCGCCGCUGCUCAAAGUUCAAGUAACUCAGGAUCAGGUGGUUCCAGCUCAUCAAGCAGCGCACUCGGUGCCGCUUCAGGAUCAGCCGUUUCCAGCGGAAAUGGUGGUAGCAGCUCAAGCUCACAAGCAGCAGCCAUAGCUGCCGCCGCUGCUCAAACAGCCACUGCUCAAAGCUCCAGUAGCUCUAGUGGUUCUAUUAGCUCAAGCUCAGCUACUGCACAAGCAGCCAGUAUUGUUACUAGCUCUUCAAGUUCUUUAAGCGCAUCAGUCAUCCAAUUACUUGGUUUGAGCGGUGGAAAUACAGGUCUUUUAUCGAGUUUGCUUGCAUAUAUUUUAAGCUUGGCUCCGGGCUUAUUUGGUAACUUGACAUGUGUAUUAGCUCCUAUCAUCAAUUCUACUCAACUAACAAGCUUAAUCACAUCAAUAAUCGGAAUAGCUAACCUUAACGUCCAAGUUCUUUUGAACACUAUUUUUGGUGUUAAUGUAACAGGUGUGGGAGCAAUUCUCGGAAAUUUAUUAAUUAUUCUUGGAAACUUAUUACAACCCAUAAUUGGAGUAAGUGGGUGGAAUGUAUUACAAAAUCUGCUUGGUGUAAUAGGGGGAUCAAUCUCUGGCUCGGUUGCUAUCUCUGGUAACAUAUUUGCUCAAAUAGGACUUGUACUUCAAGCGCUCCUUGGAUCUGUUGGAGGAACUCAAAUUGUAUUAACGAGUGGAAUAGUAUCAUCUAUUCAACAAAUACUUAACGGAACCAAUGGCAUUCAAUCAUUUAUCACAACUCUGUUAGCCAGUAUACAAUUAUUGAUUAGUCAAACUUCAACUAGUUUACUUAAACUUUUGCAAGACUUAUUAGCCACAUUAGGAGCUACCGGUGGUUUGCAGUUGCUUAUCAAUGGUUUAUUAAAUGGAAUACUGGGUCUCAUUUUACAAUUAGUUGGUGUGGUAUCCAACAAAACGAUAUGCUCUAUAUUGUCAGCUUUGUUCCAAGUUUUAGCGGCAAUAGCUGGAGCAUUGACUUCAAUAUUUACUAAAUUGGGCAUAAUUGUCGGAGGAUGCGGCUGUGGAUGCACUAAAGAUUUAAUUAUUGGUGUCCUUAUAAUACUGCGUCAAAUAAUUGGACAAGUAUCAAUAAUUUUAACAUCUUUAGUUGGAUUUGGUGGUGGAUUCAGUAUUGUGCCACAACCCUGUUAA